CAAGCUGAGAGCGCUACUCAUUCAGAUUCACAGAGUGCUUGGUCAAGAUGCCGAGCAUUGAGGAGCUGAAGAAGUUCAUCAAGACCCAUGAGGUCAAAGUCGAUGACAUGGAGCAAGAAGUUGCCAACGAGCCUAACAAGAAGAAAAAGAAGGAUUUGGAGAAUGCAUUGAAGAAGCUCCAGAACGAUGAGAAGUACCUGAAGGCCAAGGAGGAGGUCAAGGCAGCCGAAGCCCAGGCCCAGAAAGAGGCCGAGAGGGCUGCACUGAAUGGCAAGGCUACGGACAAGAAGGCGGCCGAGAAGGGCAAGAAGAAGGAGGACACCAAAGCGGCUCCCAAGGUGGACGCCAAGGUGGAUGAGGCCACCUUCAAGGAGAUCGACGAGGCCUUUGCGGCCUCCGGCAAGGAUGCGGCGGACAAGAAGGCCACCGCUGUGAGCACUUUGGAGAUGCUGGCCGCCGCCACACCCUUCGUGCUGCCCAGGUUGUCCCAGCUGAUCCCCCUCUUUGACAACAGCAAGCUUGCAGCGCCGGCGCUGAAGGCCGCUACAGCCAUUGUCCAGAACAUCUCGCCCAAGGGCCACGGAGUGGCGGACUUGGUGAUCCCGCAGCUGCUGGCCGGCAUCGAGGACAAGAAGUGGAAGGUGAAGGCAGGCUGCAUCCAGGUGCUGCUGCCGGCCAUGCAGCAAAUGGAGGGCACCACCACAGUGCAGCUGGCGCAGUGCCUGCCCUCCAUCGUGGCCAAGUUGGCGGAGGCCGCGCUGGAAGUGCGCGCGGAGAUCCGCUCCGCCACAGGCGCUGUCCUCAAGGAGAUCGGUGCCUUCGUGGCCAGCCCAGAGAUCAAGGCGCUUGCCACGGACCUGGUGACGGCCCUAGCGGAACCCACCAAUCAGAAGCACACCCAGGGUGUCUUGGCCAAGAUGGGCAACGCCACCUUCAAGUCCAUGAUCGAUGAGGCUUCCUUGGCCCUGCUGCUGCCCAUUGUGAUGCGUGGCUUGAAGGACCGCGAGGCGAUGAGCAAGAAGUGGUCCGCGCAGAUCUUCGGAUCCGCGGUUCUUCUGGUGAAAGACGUGGACUUUCUCAAGCCAUACCUGGUCACCGCCCUGCCGCUCUUGCAGGCGGCCCUGAACGACUCGGUGCCGGAGGUGCGGCGUGAGGCCGCCAAGGCCUUCGGCAUCCUGGAGCAGGUCCUGCCUGACUACUCCCGUGCGCAUUGCCAGCCGUACCUCUUCAAGAAGCUCCGGGGCCCGGACGCCUCGGAGCAGAUCGGCGCCGCGCUGGGCCUGGGGGAGGUCUUCGUGCGCACGGAGAAGGCCAAGCUUACGCAGUUGGUGCCGGAGGUGCAGAAGGGCGCCAACCACGAGGAUCUCACCGUGCGACGUGGCUUCCUGGAGCUUAUGGAUACCAUGCCGCAGGCAAUGAAGAUGGACUUCGUGCCCUACAUCGAGCGCCUCUUCCCCGCGAUGCUGCUGGGGAUCAACGGCGAGAAGGACCUGAGCGACGACACGGGUCUGAAGGCUGCGCAGGCGCUGGUCGGCCGCUUCGCGGACCUGUGCCCGGAGCUCUUGAUGGCUGCCUUCGAGGGAGCCUAUGCACGGGCGUUGGGGUCCGGGGACUGGAAGAAGCUGCAGGUGGUGAGGGAGAAGUCCAUGCAGCUUCUGCUGAAGACUGCGGAGAAGAUCCUGGAGCACAAGAAGUUCGGUCAGGACCUGCUGACCUGCGAAGAGUGCUCCACAAAGGCCACGCGCUUGCGCGUGCUGAUCCUGGCCUUCGUGGCCCGCAGCGACCCCGACGCCGCGGUGAAGCGGGUGGCCAGCAACGUCUGGAAGACCUCCGGCGGAUCUCCCAAGAUGCAGAAGACCAUCAUCCAGGAGCUCUCGCAGAGCAUCACAAAGUGGUGCGCAGGAUCCAUGGGCGGCGGCCUCCAGAAGGUCGCCAAGGACGCCCUGGCGGAGCUGGUGAAGGCGGGCGAUCUUGAGCAGCCCGCGGAGGUGCCGGAGGCGGUGACCGCGGACUUCGCCUUCGCGGCGCCGGUGUCCACCAACGAGGAGGCGGCGAAGAUCGCCGCAGGUGAGCCACCCAGCAGCCUGUCGGAUGACGAUGCAGACACCAAAGAGGACUGCCAGAUGGUCAAGACAGUGGACAGCUUUUGGAGCAAGCAGAGCAGCUUCGGGGCUCUGCCAGGCGAGCUGCAGAGCCACAUCCGUCACGUGGCCGCCAGCAUCAUCCGCGAGGGCCACAAGAAGAAGGUGCCUGGCCCGAAGGUGGUCGAGGAGCUUCAGCACUGCCUGCCAGUGCUCUGCAGCUGCUACAAGGAGCAGGCCGCCGAGUUCCUGCAGACGGCUCCGGGCCACUGCGAGGCCCUGUGCCGGGAAGCGUUGGGCGCGGACUUUGACGCGGCCCAUGGGGACGGCUACGACGCCGAGACGCUGCUGCGGGUGGAGAACAUGCUGCUGAUGUAUGGCGCGGGCAAGCUGCUGCUGAAGGACACGAUGCUGGAGAUGAAGGCCAACCGCCGCUACGGCGUGGUGGGCCACAACGGUGCAGGCAAGACGACCCUGAUGAAGGAGAUCGUGGCCGGGCGCAUCGUGGGAAUGCCCACGCACUUGCGCUGCGUGCAUGUGGAUGACUCCAAGCUAGGAGAGAUGAGCAAGAGCAGCCUCAACGCCCUGGAAUACGUGCAGAUGAAGGGCAAGGAGAUUGGCGUCAUGGACGUCAGCUACGACAACCUGCGCCAAGUGGGCUUCCCCGAGAAGAUGUUCGAGGUGCCGGUGGCUGAGCUCUCCACUGGCUGGCGCAUGCGCCUCACGCUGGCGGUGUCUAUGCUGAAGCAUGCAGACAUCGUUCUGCUGGAUGAGCCUACGAACCACUUGGAUCAGGAGUCGGUGGACUGGCUGGGUGACUACCUCUUGGGCCUCACAAGGUCUUCGGUCAUGGUCAUCUCCCACGAGCCCAAGUUCUUGAACAAGAUCUGUACCGACAUUAUCUCGUACAAGGACAGGCGACUGGUCUACACCGAAGGCAACUUUGACGCCUUCGUCAUGGCCAAGGGCAUCAAGGCUGACGACAUCGAGGCCUUGCUGUCCGGCAACCUCACGCUGGAUGAGGAGGAGGGUGAGGAGGGCGCGGAGGAGAAGGUGGCCGUGCAGGCGCCCAUCGCGGGUCCUCCGAAGAUCAGCUUCCCCAUCCCCGGCUCUGUGGAGGGCGUGAAGUCCAGCUCCAAGGCAGUGAUCGAGUUCAAGAACCUCUCCUUCCGCUAUGGCAAGGACAAGGACGACCUCCUCAGCCAGGUCUCGGGCAAGCUCUCCUUGGGCUCGAGGGUGGCGAUUUGCGGAAGGAACGGCUGCGGCAAGUCCACACUCAUGACCCUCAUCAGCUCCGAGAUGAAUCCCACUGAGAACAAGGACGGCAAGUUCGGCGAGGUGAUCCGUCACUGCAACCUGCGCGUGGCCUACAUGAAGCAGGACCACCUGAAGACUUUGGGACCCUACUUUGACACAUCUCCGCUGAAUUAUAUCACCCAGCGAUUCAAGAACGGCUAUGACGAGGAGCUGCAGAAGCGCCUCAUCGAGCCGGAGGACGACGAGGAGGCGGCGCGCCGCGCGACCCUGGCCAAGCAGCACGGCAAGUACGGGAACCAGGUGGGGGAGCUGCUGAGCCGCUCCAAGCAGGGCAGCCAGCUCUACUACGAGGUGCGCUGGGAAGGCCUUGACGAUCCCAAGCAGAACACCAUGGUGUCUCUGAAGACUUUGCGCGACAUGGGCCUGGACAAGGUGGUCAUCGCCUGCGACGAGCGCAUCGCUGCCAAGGCGGCGGGCCUGGACCAGCGUCCUCUGACGCGCCGUGAGAUCGUGAAGCACUGCGAGGGCUUCGGAAUCGACGAGGAGAUGUGCUGCAACCAGCAGAUCCGCGGCUUCUCCGCCGGCCAGAAGGUGCGACUCUCUCUUGCAGCCAUGUUCUGGACGAAGCCUCACUUCAUCGCGGUGGAUGAGCCAACGAACUACCUGGACGUGGAGACGGUGGAGGCUUUGUCCAAGGCCCUGAACAACUUCAGAGGCGGCAUCCUCAUGAUCGAGCCCAAGAUGGACUUCGUGGAGAAGGUUUGCAACGAGACCUGGACCUUGGAGGACGGCAAGAUCACGAUCCAGAAGCUGGACAACGGCCUCAAGCGUGUGGCCUAGAGAGGCGAGGAGGCGAGAGAUCGCCGAUUUCACCAGGCAUGCCCGUAAGUCUGAGGCAGGCUAGAACUCGACUCAGCAGUGCUCUUGAGAAUGCGUGUGCUCUCACAGGUUGUACAAAUAGAGGACACCAUGUCUGUG